CAUCAGUCAGCUGCUUAGCCAGGGGAGCGGAGUGGAAAGUGCGAUUACCGACGGACGAAGACAAUUCGGGCAUUGGCGUUCCGUGUGUUAAAGGGUGUGCGUGUGCAGUCACCGGUAACUGAAGUACGGAGACAUUUUGUUGGGUUUAACGAGGGAGACCAACAAUGGAGUCACUGAGUGCUGCAAAUACCAAGUUCUCCCUGGACCUGUUUAAGUACAUAACUGAACAUAAGAAAACGGACAACAUCUUCUACUCUCCACUCAGCAUCUCCUCAGCUCUGGCCAUGGUGUACAUGGGCGCCCGGGGGAACACAGCUACACAGAUGGCUGAGGUGCUUCGCUUUAGAAAAGAGAAGAAACCUGAAGCUCCUGGACUGCAACAACAACAAGUAAAAAGACCGCUUCCGCCAGGGGUGAUGAAGUCUCCCCUUCAUGAAGCUGAUGAUGGCAUUCAUGCUGGAUUCAACAAACUGAUGUCUGAGCUCAACAAAGAGGGUGCCCCGUAUGCUCUGAGCCUGGCAAAUCGUCUGUAUGGGGAGCAGUCUUACGAGUUUGUGGAGAAAUACAUUCAGGACACAAAGAAGUUAUUUCAGGCAGAGCUGGAGACUGUUGACUUCAAAUCAAAAGCAGAGGAUGAAAGGGUGAAGAUUAACAGCUGGGUGGAGAAGCAGACUCAAGAUAAAAUCAAGAACCUGCUGUCGAAAGGGGCUGUUGACAAUAUGACCAGUCUGGUGUUGGUGAAUGCUAUCUAUUUUAAGGCUGAUUGGGACAAGAAAUUCAAAGGGAGAGACACAUAUGAGCAGCUAUUCAAAUUGAAUAAGAAUGAAAGUAAGCCAGUACAGAUGAUGGAACAGACAGGCAAGUUUGGUUUGGCGUUCAUUCCGGAGGUCAAUUGUCAGAUUCUGGAGAUGCCUUACAUUGGUAAAGAGCUGAGCAUGCUCAUUAUUCUGCCCAAAGAGAUUGAGGAUGUCUCCACAGGGCUUGAGAGGUUGGAAAGGGAGCUCACGUACAACAAGCUCAUCGAGUGGACCCAGCCUGAGAAGAUGGAAUCUAUUCGGUUACUUUUGGCUGUGCCCAAGUUCAAGAUGGAAGAGAGCUAUGACCUGAAAGAUAUUCUGGUCAAUAUGGAGAUGAAGGAUGCCUUCGAUCUGUCCAAAAGUGAUUUCUCUGGCAUGUCUCCCAGCAAUGACCUGGUGAUUUCCAAAGUGGUGCACAAGGCCUUUGUGGAGGUGAACGAGGAGGGCACAGAGGCUGCUGCCGCCACUGCUGUCACCAUGAUGCUUGGAUGUGCCAUGCCACCCCCAGAUCAGUUCAUCGCAGACCAUCCCUUCCUGUUCUUCAUCAGACACAACCUCACUCAGAGCAUCCUCUUCUAUGGCCGUUUCUGCUCCCCUUGAAGUCUUAUACUCUGCAGUUUCCAGUUAUAAGCAGGAGUCUAAAGACUGUCUGCAUGUUAAAUGGCUCUGCAAUGCUUUUGCCUUUGAAGAAUGUAAUUGAUUAAAUCAUGUUAGUCUGCUGUAGUACAUUGUUGCCAUUCAUUUCCAUUGUAUCCUCUUUGAAAAUUAAUACAGGCAUCAUACAAAAGAUUGCUUCCUGUCAGUUCAUUAUAUCUUAAAACUAAAACCUAUAACAAUGACUAAAGAUAACAUGCAAUAACCAAUAUAAACCAAAAAUAAAGAAGUGCAAACCUU